GUCCACAGUUAAGUUCCUGUUCAUAAAGUCUCCUGUGUGGCAAGUUCUAAGUGCAAACAUGUCCACUGAAAAGAGUGUGAUCAAAGGAACCCCUGAACCUGGCCCGGUGCCCAAAGAUAUUAUACGUCUCUAUAGCAUGAGAUUCUGUCCUUACGCCCAGAGGACCAGGCUAGUGCUGCACGCCAAAGGCAUCAAAUUUGACACCAUCAACAUUCACUUGAAAAACAAACCAGAGUGGUUUCUUGAGAAGAACCCUCUUGGUAUGGUGCCAACACUGGAGACACCUGCUGGUGAAGUGAUCUAUGAAUCUGCAAUCACCUGUGAGUACCUGGAUGAAGCGUAUCCAGAGAAAAAGCUGCUUCCCUCCACACCUUAUGGUCAAGCCCGGCAAAGAAUGAUGCUGGAGCAUUUUUCCAAAGUGGAACUACACUUCUACAAGAUCCCAAUGCGGAGGUUAAAAGGGGAAGAUGUCUCAGGACUAGAAGCUGAGCUGAAAGUGUCUUUGACCAAGUUGGAUGAGUACCUAGUGAAGAAGGAAACAAAGUUCUUUGAUGGUGAUACCAUCACAAUGAUCGACUACAUGUUGUGGCCAUUUUUUGAGAGAAUUGAAAUGGGUGACCUGGAACCCUUUCUUGACAACACACCUGAGCUGAAGAAGUGGAGAGCCCAUAUGCUGGAGGACCCGGCUGUUAAAGCCACAAUUCACAGCGUGGAAUCCCACAAAGCUUUCUUAAAGGGAUACGCUGCCGAGAAACCCGACUAUGACUAUGGCCUGUUUUUACCGCAAACUAUGUCGUCCGAAAAGAGCUUCGCCGCGGGAAGUCCUGCACCUGGUCCAGUGCCGAAAGAUCAGGUGCGUCUCUACAGCAUGAGAUUCUGCCCUUUUGCCCAAAGAACCAGAUUGGUGUUGCACGCCAAAGGGAUCAAGUUCGAAACCAUCAACAUCCAUUUGAAACAGAAACCUGACUGGUUCCUUGAGAAGAACCCUGACGGUCUUGUUCCCGUAAUAGAAACACCUGCUGGUGAAGUGGUGAAUGAGUCUGUCAUCACCUCUGUGUUCCUGGAUGAAGUGUAUCCUGAGAAGAAGCUGCUUCCAGCAACUCCUUUUGGGAAAGCCCAACAAAAAAUGAUGCUGGAGCACUUUUCCAAGAUAACACCACAGCUCUUCAAGAUCUCAUCAGCAAGAAGAAAGGGUGAUGAUGUGUCAGGAUUAGAAGCUGAACUGAAGGAGAAGUUCACCAGUUUAAAUGAAUACUUGGUGAAAAGGAAGACAAAAUUCUUUGGAGGUGAUACCAUUACCUUCAUCGACUACAUGAUGUGGCCAUUCUUUGAGAGGCUUGGGAUGUUUGAAGUACAACACUGCCUGGACCACACACCUGAACUGAAGAAGUGGACGGAGCUGAUGCUGGAGGACCCGGCUGUUAAAGCCACCAUGCACAGCACAGAGAAUCACAAAACCUUCUACAACAACUUCCUGGAUGGAAAACCUGACUUUGACUAUGGCCUGUAGAAAACAAAUAAUCAACGCUUUAUAGCAACAAGUCUACAUGUUUUCUAUGUCUGUCAUAUGGCUGGGUUUUUUUUAAUCUUUCUAUUGCAUUUUGUUUCUACUGACCAUUUAAAAGGUAAUUUCAUGAAAGUGGGUGUUGGUUCAAAACUUCUUUCUAAAAUUAGGCAUGUGCUAUCUAUGUCAAAAAUAAAAAUAAAAUAUAUUCCAUCAAAGAUA